AUAUAUAAAAGCCCUUUGAAUUUGGAUCGCACAUUUUGUUAAAAAAAAAACAAAAACGGCCAAGAUGAGUCUCAAUGACGACGACAAGGCCGUCAUCAGUGGCUUCUGGGGCAAGGCGUCCAGCAGGGCUGCAGAAAUCGGAGCCGAUGCUCUGGGCAGGAUGCUGGUGGUCUACCCUCAGACCAAGACUUAUUUCGACCACUGGAAGGAUAAAAGUCCGAGCUCUCACAAUGUGAGGAAACAUGGCAAGAAAAUAAUGGAUGCAAUUGGUGAUGCCAUUACUCUGAUGGGUGACCUUAAUAAUGCCCUGCUGGAACUAAGUCAACUGCACGCCUUUACCCUGAGAGUGGACCCAAGCAACUUCAAGAUGUUAUCCCACAACAUCCUUGUGGUUAUGGCCAACUAUUUCCCUGAUGACUUCACCCCUGAUGUCCACUUGGCCAUGGACAAAUUCCUGGCCGCUGUUGCCCGUGCCCUGUCUGAGAGAUACAGAUAAAGUUCAAACAGGGCCAUCAAGACGGUCUGACCUUCUCUGCCACCGAGACAGUUAAAAUAAAAUAUGAAAUGCCAUCA